GGGCUGAAUAGGAGUCCGCAGGGGCAGGGCCCGCCAGUGAUUGGCCCAGAUGCCAAGGGAGGGUUGUGCAGAUCCCGUUUCGCUAGCGGGUGGGAAGCCACAGCCCCGCUCAGUCCCUCAGGCAGCUGUCCCUACCUUCUCUGCGACUUAGGUGGGGAGCCAGCGCGCCAAGCCCAGGAGGAUGCAGCGCCUGCUGUGGCCUGGGGGCUCCCGGGGGCUCUGGCUGCUCCUCUGUUUCCUGCUUCUGAACAGCCGCCCAGGGGGCUGCAGCGACAUUGGUGGCCACGAUGGUCAGAGCCAAGUGGGAGUGGGGCAGCUCUGGUCCCUCCAAGGAUUUACUACCCCAGUCUUCCAGCGCUUGCAAGUUUUCUUCCAGCAGAUUGUGCCUCAAGGUUUGUUCUGGAAGGAUGACAUGACCCAGAAUGUGAUGACCCAGAAGAUGGGACACAUUAGCAAACUCCAUCCCCAGGAUCCAUGUGUGAGGGUUGGACAGGCAGCCUUUCCCACCAGAACCACUGGGAUGAGGGGCAAGCAAGAGGAGAAACUUCGACUCUUAUUCCCCAAGAGCCCAAUGGCCAAGGUGAACAAGGAUCAGUGCUUUACCUCCAGAGUGGUUUCAAAGGCCUUGAAACAAGAGGUGGCCAACCCUGUCAAGGGCUUCUUUGAGUCACCCUCCACUGUAGGCCACAACCUUGUCGCUGACUGAGACCUCGUGCAAGCCUCUCUGCCCCAGUGCCCUCCCCAUUGCCCUCCAGGGAGGUAGUUCCAGGAUGAAUCUCCAACAUUAAAGUGGCUUUCAUGCAAACUCUCUGUGACUUGCCCUGAGGCAGGAUGGGUGGGGUUUGGACCUGGCUAGAGUCCUCUAAGUGAGAGAGGCAGGACCUGAACAGGGGGUGGGGUGAGAAGAACACAGCGCCUUGGUAUUGCUCAAAGGCUGCUUUCUGUCCUGUUUUCCUUCCUGAAGUAGGGAAAGUGAGGGUGGGACCAUAGCUAGAAAGGCUAGCCUUCUCUGCCCACAUCUGAUGAUGCUCUAUGAUCCAGUUGCCCACCCAUCCUUCCAUGUCAGACUUGCUUGGAUGGUGCUGUUCUAUGAGGGUCUCCACCUCCAGCAUUACAGCCCCUGCCAAGGCUCUCCCAUUCUUUGUGCUUCCAAGAAUCAACAUAAAAGUGCUGUAAUCAAAGUGUACGCACAUUAAAUGUUUUGCUGACUCUUGCUA